UGUCAGGAAAACUCGCAAUGAAAUCGAUAAACUCCCGUUGAAGGUUUCAUGUGCUAUGUUCGUGAUGAUAUAACGAAAAUCUUGUAUAAUUGUUAGUAAAAACGAGGAAAUAUAAUUUAUUAAAGAUGUUGGAAGGCGCCGUUGCCAGAUUGUUGAAUCAAAUACUUGGUAAAUACGUUGUUGAUCUAGAUACAGAAAAUUUGAACGUCGGAAUUUUCUCUGGUCUAGUACAACUCACCGAUUUAAAAUUGAAACCCGAAGCUUUAUACGAAUUGAGGUUACCGAUUGAGGUACGUGCCGGUACAAUCGGUAAAGUAUGGUUGCAAAUACCGUGGACAACAUUGUGGAAUCAACCUAUAAUAAUCAACAUAGAAGAUGUACACGUCAUUGCGGGACCUGUUGUAACAGACGAACCAUUCGACGAAGAUAAAAACAAAAGGCUUUCCAGAGCUGCCAAGAGAAAAGCCUUGGCCGAUUUGGAUAAUCAUGAAAUUUUAGGAGGACCUUCUUCUUUUUCGGAACAUCUAAUAACGAACAUCCUAAAUUAUUUUCAGUUAAAUAUUACCAACGUGCAUAUAAGAUACGAAGAUAAUUAUCUUUCGAGGUCUACUGUAGCUAUGGGACUGUGCAUUGGAUCAAUCACUGCAGAAUCUACCAACAGUAAAUGGAGGCCAUGUAAAUAUGACAAAACUGCUGAGACAAGUUAUUACGUUGUGAAACUAGAAGCAUUUUCAUUGUAUUGGAAUACAAACGCGAAAUUACAGAAAUGGGACUUGCCUUCGAAAUAUUAUCAAUGGAGAAACUCCAUGUCGGCCAGCUUACAGAGCUACUCAUUAAACGAAGAAGAAUUCAAUUUCGUUGUGAAUCCCAUGUCGGCCAAGAUAAAAAUGGUCAUUAACAAAACACAAACCGGCCACGUUUCUAAAUUGUACACGGACAUAGUCGCACAAGAUUGUAAUAUAGAACUAACCAAAGAACAAUACGAUUCCAUCUUGAACGCUGCAGAUUCCAUGGAAAGAAUGUUAAUCAGUUGGCAAUUUCUCGCUUUCCGACCGUCCGAAAGUAUUCGAGACAAUCAAAAAGAUUGGUGGAGGUACGCGAGUUACGCCGUGUUGGAACAGAGAGUUAAACCGUACACUUGGAGUCGAAUAAAAAGGGUGAGGAGGAAUUAUAAGCAGUAUAUGGAAACGUACAAGAAAAUUUUAUUGAAUCCGAACGAUACAGAAUUGAAGAUGGAUUUGCAGAAGUAUGAGGAUAAUUUGUCGAUCGUAAAUGUUGUUUUGGCGAGACAACAAGCAAGGCUAACGGUUCAAGAAAGAAGCCAAAGUGAAAAAAGCUUUUGGUCGAUGCUGCCUUCGCCGGAAAGAAUUUUAUUAUGUGAAGAAAUUGGGUGUUUUGAAGAUAAAGACAAAGAACGAAUAGAUCAUACUUAUAAUUUUCGAUUGGGUAUCAUAAGUAUCACUUUAACGAAGAAUUGUAGAGAAAUUGCAGUUUUAACUGUCACACAAACGGUCAUUGUAUUUAUACCAAAGUUUAUAGAAGAUACUUUUAGAGUAUCUUUGAAAAUAGAGGCUAUAAUAAUAGAGGGUUGUAGCAACGAAGAUCAUCUAAUGCCGAUUAUAUCCUCUGAACAUUUGAGCGAUAGUCCAGCGUAUUUUCUCAAAAUGGAAUUGAGCAAAAUGCCGAAAAAUUCGAUUUCUAAAUACAAAUUCAACAUCGUUAUGGAUUCCGUUGAAUGCAUAUAUGACAAACCCUCCAUUGAAGAAAUUGAGUUAUUUUUCACGACUGAAAACAACCCUCCGAUAAGGUUAUUCGAUUUUGCGAUAAACAAACCUGAUUUAAUAAAAGAAUUAGGUAAAAAUAAAUUGUUGCAAGGUUGGGAGUUUGAUUUAAACAUUAAGAUUCCCCACGUGAUUUUACCCGAAGUUAAAUCGUAUUUGAAAGCGGAGUAUUUAUUAAUCGUAGAUUUAGGAAAAUUCGUUAUGAAAACGGAAUUAUGUCAGGAAAGUUACGUAGCUGAAAAUUCGACGAAAAUGGAACUCGAAGAACAAUUGUACACCAAACUGUUCGUAAAUUUCACCGAUUUUCAGAUUUUAUUCUGUGAUAAUAAUGAUAAUUGGAAGGAUGCGAAAAAAGAGAAAUGUAGUGAUUUGCACGUUAUACCACAAACUUCAUAUUCGGCUAUAUGCGCUGUUUCCGUAGCUCAGAUCAGAACAAUACCCAGUUACAAAUUCAAUGUUACAAUUCCAAAUUUCAAAAUAAAUAUUUCCGAAAGGAAAGUUUUGCUGUUGCUGAAAUUCUUCAACAUUGAUAACAUCACAAUAAACGUUACGCGAGAAGAAGUCGAACCGAAACAUCACGCCAACGAUAAAAUAAAAAACAUUCAUAGUAAUCCUUAUUUAAAAAGGAUCCAAGGAAGCAUACAAAUCCCGAACAGCUAUGUGAGGUAUAAGAGGUAUAAAGUGGAAGCUUCUCGUAAAGAAAAAAUCCAAAAAGACAACAACAGAUCAAGAAGUUAUCAAAGCGAUAUGAACGAAGCUUGGGCGAGGUGUGUGGAUUUACCUGGUCUUGAAGAUAACAUAUCACCAAAUAAUAAUAUAAAAAUUUUGUACGGCUUCGUUAUAAACGAGUUUUCAGUAACGUUUUCAAGAUCUAGCGACAGUACAGAUAGACAAUAUUUGAUGUUGCGCUUGGGAUAUUUAACAAUGGACGUGGCUUUGAUGACUUACGGACCCGCUUAUCAAAUAACUUUGAAUUCGAUUAUUCUAACAGAUAAAUUACAUACGACACCUAGCGGACAAUAUCUGGAACUACUAUUUAGUCCUAUUUCUUGCAAUCAGGACGUUACCACAAUUUUGUAUAGGAAGGUGAGUGCGAGGUGUCCAGACUUUUGGACGCACUUUCAUGGAGUGGAAACAUCAUUGGUGGCCAAUUUGGGAUCUAUAAAUAUUCUUCUUCAUCAAGAAGCUGUUCGUACCGCGUUCCAAUAUUCAAAAUAUAUCAGCAAUAAGAUACGAUCACAAACAUCGCCGUUCUUGAAACAAGUUUUGGGAUCAUUGUUGAAAAAAAUCAAAACGAUUUUACACUCAAAAACGGAUAUUCCAGUACCGCCAGGAUCUAUAAAAUUCUCUCAUUCGGCAAGAUUGGCGGAUCUUAACGUUACCGUUUGCGAUUCUGACUUUGAUAUUGUUAAUAUUCAACUUUCCGGAUUGGAAUUGGACUUUUUAUUCCGCGCCAAUGAACGUUUCGUAUUUAGAUCGUUCCUCAGUAAUAUCACAGUGGAACAUUUAUCAGACAUCACUUUGUAUUCGAAGGUUUUAUAUACCGACGAAGAUAAAGUAUUUGAUAUAAAAUAUGUGAGAAACUCUUCGAAACUUGGAUACAAUAAUGACAUUUCUCCAAACAUCGAUGAAUCUUUUAUAGAUGGAAGUUUCAAAUUUCAACUAGGCAGAAUUCAUUUCACUUUCCUUUACAAGUUGAUUGUACAAUUGCAACGAUUUGUUACAAAUUUAGAAGCAUUACCAUUUAUUGAGAAUUUAUUUGAGAAAAUCAAUAUUUUCGUUAUUGGUAUCACAAAAACUUUAAAACCAAAUACGAAAAUCAAUUUAGAUAUCAACGUUAGUGGUCCUGUUUUACUAUUUCCACAAAAAUCGUCUUCACCGAAUGUUUUAAUUGUAGACACAGGUCAAUUGAAGAUUGAGAAUUUUUUCAAAGAUUAUCCUCAAGAGAUAACCGAAAAUAUAUUGGUAAAACUUAAAGACGUCAUGGCAUCAAGAGGGGUUAUGUCUUUAACGUCAACAUUAGAAACGCAGGAAACGCUUAUAGAACCAGUCAAUCUUAACAUGGACAUCAAAAGAUACACGAACUCGAAAAAUCCUCAAAGCACGUGGGAAAUCGAUGGGAUAAUAGAUUCUAUACACGUGACAUUAGGCCAAAGGGAUAUAAUUACAAUGAUUUCCAUUUUUACCGACAAUAUAGGAGAGGGAAAAAUUCUUGACUUAUUUCCAACACCAGUGAAAUCUCCAACGGAUAUUCUAGGUUUAGGCUCUGAUGAAACUGUAAGGAAUUUAGAAGCUUUUUUCUGCGAAUCGAAACAAAAAUGUAUCACCGCUAAAUGUUGUAUAGAAGAAAUAAAAUUGUUAUUAUUUUUCGAUUCGGGAGAAUUGCUUAGUUCCCCUAUAAGAGAUUUGAACCACGGACUUUGCAAAUUGGAAAUUAUAGACAUAGACGUUUCCAUUUCUAUAUAUAACGAUAAAAGUUUAGAUGGCAAAUUAUCUAUAGAUACGAUGUACAUUGAAGAAAUCGGUCCUGAUGUCAAUGGUGCCGAUAAAACAAUUCUGCAGUCUCCUACCGACGACAAUAAAAAUAAUAAUUGCAAUAUCACCGUUAACAAACCACCGAUCGUCGAUGUGACUUUUCACGAAAACAAAACUAGAGAUAAAUCAGCGGACGUGAUAAUCGGCAAAUUGAGUUUGAGUCUAUCGAUACCGUUCUCGGAAAAACUGGCACUUUUCAUAAUCGAGUGCAUACCCAAAGAAACGGCAGACGCCGGUAUAGUAAAUCCGGGUUACGAAGCCGAAACGUACCCCGCUCCAACAACCAAAAGUCCCAAGACAAGCCUUACUCUAUCAAUAAGAAUUAAUAAACCAGAGCUUAUAUUUUUGGUAGAAACCACUUCGAAUAAAAAGAGAUAUUUUAUAACAAAAAGCGAAAUAUUAAUAGAUUAUUCCAGACAUUCCAAUAUAUUGAAUUUAAUUACGUCUCUAUCCGGUCUACACAGUUCGUUCUACGACUUGAACGAAUAUUCGGAAGAACCUUACGUGAUAUUGCGUCAAUGCGAUGUCGAAUUAUGUAAAUCGUAUUCGAACGAUACAGGGGAGAAAAUAACUUUGGCCAUAUCGUCCAUAUAUUUAAAGUUAUGCGGCGAAGUGGUGCAUUCGUUCAACGAUAUACUCAACGAUAUAAUAGAACAUUUCAAAAUACCCGAAGUGGAAGUACCGAAAAGUGAAAAAAACCUCAAAAAUACCGAACGUGAUCUAUGGGAACCGAAAAAACUGACGGAUUUCAUCACAACCGAUACCGAUAACGACGAUAUUAAAACAGACAAUACGAUAUUCGUACACGAAAUUUUACUAGUACCGAAAUUCGAAGUAGUAGUUUUGUUAGAGUUGGAGCAAGUUCGAGUUUUAAUAGCGAAAAUAACGGUGGAACUUACGUUGUACGAUUGGUCGUCUAUAUUGAAUUGCACUUGCGAAAUUACUUUGCAAGCCAAUUAUUUCAACGAGAACGUACAAAGUUGGGAGCCGAUCAUCGAACCCAUAACAAUAGACGAGAAAGAAUACAAACCGUGGGAAGUGGUUAUAAAAAUAUUUCAAGAUAAAUCCAUGCCGAUGUUGGACGAUACGGAAUAUAAGCCUAGAACUAAGGCUAUCCGUAAGAAAAAUAGCAGAUCUGUUACUACGACCGAAGACGAAGAUUCCGGCGAAGAUAUGAUAUAUUUGGAACCGUUGAAUACUACUUAUAAUGGUAACAGACGGGUUAAAACAAGUCUUUCUACGUUUCUUGAAGAUUCCGAUUCGGAAAAUGAGGAUGGCGCCAUAGAAAGACUAGCCGCUGCUAUUUCGGAUCUUUUUACAGGGGAUUGGAACGAAAUCGAAGACAGCGAUUGCGGUCAUUCUAGCGAAGGCGAAGAUGACGAAGAAAAUCCGAAACCGAAAGAAAAACGAAAUAUGAUUUUCAACAAGUCCUACUACAUCCUUUUAGACGCCAAAGAAACUUUAAACGUUACGUUGACACCAACUUUUCUCCAAGUAGCUAACGAAUUGUUUACGCAAUAUUCAAAUAAAAUAAUUUCGGUCAAGAAUGACAGGAAAUUGGUGAUUUUGCUGAACGACGUCGGACCAAAUACGAAAAUUGAAUUGUACGAAAAAAUUAACGCCGAAGAUAACAAGCUGAUAUGUACGAAGAGAUUUGAAAAUGAAGAUUCCGCCCAGAACAGUCCCACUAAUAAUAUGUAUUUGGACGGUAGCUACGAUGAUAAAGACAGUUGUACAGAAGACGGAAAGGAUGAUUUCGAAGGUUGUUAUGAUUUCGAUUCGUCGGCCAGUUUGCAAUUUCCCGACGAGACAACGCCGCAAUUAUACGAGAGAAUCAAUAAAAAUUUUUUGAAAAUUUUCAUACCCAACUUUCAAACUAUCCAAACAAAUUGUUCUAAACGGAACUGGGAGAAGUUGUUGAAGUUGAAUUCUACAAAUUCCACGCAGACGUAUUAUUUGGCGGCUAAACAUAGCAUAGGAAAAACGGGAAGGAAAAUAAUAAUCAGUUCGCCGUUACAAAUAAAAAACGAAACUUGCUUCGCUCUAAGUUUAUUAUAUGAACCUUCGAUACUUCAACAAUUGAAUUUGGAGCCUGUAGGAGAUAUGACUAAUCCUUUUGAAACGACAAUGAGAAUCGCCGUCCUCGAACCGCAAGAAGAAUACAACGUCCCAUUAUACAUAGCCUAUCAUUGUAAAUUGUUCAUUCAACCAGUUUACGCGGAGGGUCACUACGCUUCUGAUUCCGGAAUAUGGUGGAAAGAUCUAGCUACGGAAAUGGAUACCGCGCACGACAUCUACUGCAGACCGAAAUCCGAUUCUAACUUGGAAAUAUUUUCGAUUAGAAUAUUAUUAAAGAAGAAUAUCGAGUCUAAGACGUUUCCUCUUCUAACUAUACCGAACUACGUUAUACAUCUGUUACCACCGUUGGUUGUUAACAACUUCUUGCCCUAUUCACUAGAAAUACUCAACGGUUGUCUGAAACAAUCUUUGAAAGUGGAGCCCGGCGAGAAGAAUUGUAUUUACACUUUGGAUUUUUCGAAAGAUCAAAAGUUGCAAGUGAAAGUCGAACAUAACGGAACGACUUGGACGGGCACUUUGAAUUUUACCAAGCAUCUCGAUGAAAAAGUGUUGCUACUUAAUACCGAUAAUAGAGACGAAGUUUCAAACUUGGCCAUUAAUAUUAAAAGCGACAGAGAAGACAGUUGCCAUUUGUUUUUCUAUACGUCCUAUUGGAUAGUUAAUAAAACGGGACUGCCGCUACAAAUAAAGGCCUCCAUCUCAAAUACAAUCUAUAAUUGUAUGAACGAAGACAUUUUGUUGUUUACGUAUAAACGACACGGUAAACAAACACUCAACGUCCGUGUCUACGAAUCAAAUUGGUCGAAUGAAUUUAGUUUGGAAUGCGUGGGAACUACCGGAUUGAUUAUUUGUAAAGACGUCGAAAGAAAGAAGAAGUACAUGUUCUUUUUAAAUACCAGAUUUUCUAAUAUUUGUCCGAGGCUAACUAAAAUCGUUACGAUAGUACCUAGUUUUUUGGUUACCAACAAUACUGAUAAACACUUAAGAUUUAUGGAGCACAACGACAAAACUGAUCUGUGGAUAGAUCUAGCUCCGUUCAAGACUUUGAUAUUCUGGCCAGAAACUUCAUCGAUGGAAAUGUACGUCAAAUAUAAAGACAGCAAAUUGAUUUCACAUUCAUUCUUUAUAUCUACACAUCACAGAACUGUUUUGAGACUCGACAAAGGGGGAGCGAUCACCGUGGAAGUUACGGGAGGCGAAAAAACUUCUUUUAGAAUAUCAUUUAACGAGUAUAAAAUAGGAGAUGCUCCGGUAUUGAUAAAAAAUUACUGCGCCGAUCUGUUUCUUAAAAUUCAACAACAGGAUCUCAGUCCUGUAACAUUAUUGAAUCCUUAUUAUUCUUUAUUGUACACGUGGGAUGAUCCAACUAGAUCUAGGAAAUUAGUUUGGAAUGUGUAUAAUAAUAAAGGAAACGGAUUUUCGGUAGAUAUUACCAAAGAUGGUUUUGGCGAAGAAAAAAUGCGUAUUCACAGCGUGACUCCAACUUCCAGUUUAGUGGAAUCAUCUAGUAGCGACGACUCCGAUAGUUCCGAUAAUACGCAACAUAACCUCAAUAAAAAAGUGCAUAAAGAUAAAAUAACCAUUUAUUGGUUAUGUUAUAGAGAAGGCGUACAAAGAGUCCUACUUUUAACCCAAGAAUUAAGAAUCUACAACAGCGUCAUGCAGAUAUUUUUGGAGAGAUGUCAUUUGGAAGGAUUGAUCGCCCUAUCCGGCGUCGGUUUAUCGAUAUUUACUUCCGAAGAUGACGUUAAAGAACGAAUUUACGCAGCCCUGACCGACACCCCCGCUAUUUGGGAAGUCAACGUGGGACAAAAAUGGAAAACGUUAACUUUGGAAUUGGCUUCGUGGGUAGAAGAUAAAUACAGACUCCAUUACAAAAAAUGUCAAUUGAAAAAUUACGUCCACAUAGAUUUCGAAAAAAUGUACAUGUUGAAACCUUUCUUCGCGGAAUUGAGGAGGAGUUACAGUCCUGCGAUUUAUUUUCAUUUCAGGAAAUCGCAGCACUACCAAUAUUACAAUUUCAAAGUGCAAUCUUUCCAAAUAGACAAUCAACAAACCAAUAACAUCGUCUUACAGCCGUUACCUUCGCAAAAUCUCAAAGACGAUUCACCUUUCGCUGAUAUUAGCACUUCCGUAUUGAUUUCGAAAGGAACUAACGUUUACAGAUACAUCAAAUUUAACGUCGGAAGUUUUUUUUUGAGUAUCGAAAACGAUUUAUUAUUGGAACUGUCUAAUCUACUGAAAAAAGCCAAGAAAUUUGUCGCCGACGAUUCGAGAACGUACGUUAAUGAAAUUAAAACUAUACACAAAUCGAUUACUGCUACAAACAAUGACUUUCUUGAUAAUGUAAAUAGAACUAUUAUUGAAUAUCUAGUGUUGAAAAAUUUCGGUAUUCAACUAAAUAUAUCGAAUAAAACACAAAUGAAAUUGGCGGGUAAUCGAGGACCGUUCUCUACAUUUUUGGAUUAUCUGUUUCCUUAUAACAUGUCACCGUACAUGCCUUUGGAAGGUGUUCAUCAUAAGAUUUGCUCUUUGGAACACAUCGAUAUCAAAGACACUAUAUCAAAUGCAAUUUCAAAUAUGUGCGAUCAAGUUUACACUCAAUUUUUACAACAAUAUUAUUCCCACGUACUGGGACUACAAGUACUGGUCAAUACAUUUGCCAUUCAACCUUCAAUCGAAUUGGGAGACAAUCACAUAGAUAAGAUGGCGAAUAUUCUGUUUUACGCUUCAAGAUGUUUACUAGGACACAUCAAUAUGUCGCCUGUAGCGGUUGAAGCAAGCGUAUCAGAUAUUUUUGUACAUCAAAAUAUCGAAAAUAUACAAAGGAUUCGUCGACAUGGAUCUUACCAUAAAUCUGAAAUUGUACCAAAAACAAUCACAAUUUCCAGUCGUAAUUUCGUUACAGGGGUACCCAACGCACUUGAUCAACUCAUAGUCAAAAAUCAAAAUGGUAUUAAUUGUGAUGGAGAAACGUUCUUUAGAACAACAGGUAAAGCUUUACAGUCUUUAAUAACACGACAUCCCGAUGAAAAAUCUGAUAGUGUAGAAGUAGCUAAGGAAGCCCUACGUAGAGCAUCUAUAUUAGGAGAACCUAUAAAGAUACAUCAGAGAUUACCCAGAUUCAAAAAUAAACAUCUAGGUUUACGACCAGCAUCAGUUCACGAAUCUAUGGGUAAUCAUUUAAUUCAAACAAUUGGAAGUUCGAGAUUUUCAAAUGACACUUAUUGGGCACACGCUGCUUUGGAUAAAAUUGGAAAAACUAUAGUUAUAGUUACAUUAGAGCAUAUCGUGAAAAUUAAUAAAUGUCGUCUAUGGGGUCCCUGGGAAAUAGAGUGGAUAGUUGAUAUAGAUGAUAUAAUUUCCAUGCCGAAAAUGAACUGUACAGAGUUGAUAUUACAGUUGCGACAGAAUGUUGGUACGGACAAUCUUCAAAAAAUCAAGAUUGUAGGACAAAAAGAUAUUCUGAUUUGGUUACGAGAAAAAAUUGAACAAGCCAUAAUUGUUAGUAUAGAAGACAAAUCUUGGACACUAACUGAAACCUAGUGAAUAUAAAUUAAAUAAAAGAAGAAAUUAUAUAAAAUGAAAAAAAAAUGUAUUUUCAAUCAAUGUUAAAACUCAAAUUCAAUAAAUGUUAACAUACAAUCUGAAA